GAGAAUGGGCGUGUUGUCCCUCGGAGAGGAGCCCAGAGGAGAGACUCCUGCUUGUUCAGCACCGCCGAUCUGAGCUCUCAGUUCACAGUCUGCAGACACGGAGAGCAUACCAGCGGGAUGGACUGCACAGGAUUCGCAACAACAGUUGUCUGAAUACUCUCCCAAAACCAACUAAGGAGGGAGGGAAGAGUCGGAGUGCGUCUUUUGUGUCAGAGGGUCUUUGAGAAAGAGAGAGAGAGAGAAGGUAUCAAGUCUGGACCGGGUGAUCUUGUACUAACAAACCUCCAAGGGGCUGAAUCAGUCCGACCAUGGUGCCAGCAUGCUGCCCGGGACCCUGUGCCACACUGGCCCUGGUCCUCCUCUUGGGACCCGGCUUGGUUUCAUGCCUCGGCCAGAACGACACGGAGCCCAUCGUGCUGGAAGGGAAAUGUCUUGUGGUCUGCGACUCCAACCCUUCUUCUGACGGAGGGGUCACCUCUUCACUGGGCAUAUCAGUCCGAUCUGCUGGGGCAAAAGUGGCUUUUUCUGCCGUGCGUGGAACCAACCAUGAGCCGUCAGAGAUGAGCAACACGUCCAUGACCAUCUACUUCGACCAGGUUUUAGUGAACAUCGGCAACCAUUUCGAUCUCAAAGCAAGUGUGUUCCUGGCUCCAAGGAGGGGGAUCUAUAGUUUCAGCUUCCACGUUGUGAAGGUCUACAACAGACAAACCAUACAGGUGAACCUGAUGCAGAAUGAUUAUCCGGUGAUAUCAGCCUUCGCAGGUGACCAGGACGUUACGAGAGAAGCAGCCAGCAACGGAGUACUGCUGAUGGUUGAACGGGAGGACCGGGUCUCUCUGAAGCUGGAACGGGGCACCUUAAUGGGCGGAUGGAAAUACUCCACCUUCUCAGGCUUUCUGGUCUUUCCUCUAUAAUCUAAACUGCGAGGAUCCACGUCGCAGGAGACUCUGCUUAGGAUGAGGAACAAAAAGAAAAAAAAAGAAAAAAGAAACAAAAAAAACAUGCCAUUUAUUUUCAACUUAAAUACCUGUCAGCCAAGGAAGCCGACGAAUAUCUGUAUACCUACACUCGUCCACUAUCUAGUCAAAUAUGAACGUUUCCUUGGAGUUUCAUAUAUUCAAAUCCAUCAGUCAACUUUAACGCAAUCUGGAUGAUUAAACUUAUUGAUCGGCCAGCUUGUCGGAAAUGUGGAUUUUUUCUUUUUCUUGCUUGGGAAACAAACUUUGC